AUGAGUUCGCAGACGAUACAGCAGAUGGAGUCGGCCCGGUCGCUCGCGUUAGGCGACGGUAGAUACUAUCCUACCAUCAUACCGGGCGUGCUUCCCAUCAUCGGCUACAGUGAAGACCAGAGCAUCGAGAUACAACGUUGGGGCGCCGACUUCCUAGCCGAGGCCUUCGCAUCGCCCACAUGGCCCCAGGAGGUCAAGCAGCAGAGCGCGCCCUCUGUCUUGGCUACCCUGAAGGCUUAUCUCGAGAAUGUUGAAGACAAGAGCGUCAUCAAGAGCGCCAUCCAGGCGGCUGCGAGCGUGUACCCGCUCGUCUACAAACACAUUGUCUCCGACCCCAGCGAUGCGCAAAAGUGGCAGCUCAUGGCCGGCAUCAAAACCAACAUUUUGCGUCGCAUGGACACAGCCGCGCCAGGUGUGCGCAUAUGUUGCGUCAAGUUUCUCCAACAAGUCGUCCUGGUCCAGACACCAGGCGUGGCAGACCCAAGGCGCGCCGACCAAAACGACAUCUCCCUUUCCCUCGUCUCCCGCGACCACCCCCUGAUACCAUACGCGAGCCUCGAGGCUGAAGGACACGGACUGUUGGACAGGUUGUUGGAUAUCAUAAACGGAGAUCACAGUGACGGCUUGCUCGUGACUGCGACCCUCAACAGCUUGGGCAUGCUUAUUCACCGUCGACCAAAUGCUGCAAAUAAGAUCUUGACCAGUGUCUUCAACUUCAACCCUCUGAAGCUCGCCAAUUCACCCAUGACGCCCAAGAACAAGGUCAUCAUGAAGUCGAUUGAGCGCACAACAAGAGCACUACUUGUAAACAUCAUGAAGAGGAAUCCCGAAAACCCCGUCAACGGACGGAUACAGCAGUUCUUGGAACACAUGCAUCGCAAACGGGUGGAAGUCUUCGAUGAAGCGAAUCGUAAGCGACCAGCACCUAGUGAGCCGACAGAUGGUCUAGACCAAGCGAAGAGGCAACGAUUAGUCGCGGAACCUCCGAGUCGUACGCCAUCUGUCCAGCCGCUACCGCCUGGCGAAGUGAGCUGGCGACAACUGUACACACUGAAUGCUGAAGGCAGCACUGCCAACUUUGAUGUACAAAACUUCAGAGAUCCUGAGCAAUUAUUGAGGAUAGUGGUGCCUGUUCUGCAGUCGGUGAACCCGCAAAAGCUCGAACAAGCUAUCAGCGCCGUCCGCGCCCGGUAUCAAACACUGAAGCAGACUGCUGCAAGCCGACCCGCACAACCCCCGACAACCGCCGCCACAGAGGACGAAGAGGAAUACGAGCCUGACUUCGAACCCGAAGACGCUGAACAACUCAUCAACAAGCUCGAUGGUCUUCCUUCAAACCCCUUCCCCUCACAAGGCGGACCAUCGACCGCUUUGGCCCCCUACAAAUUGCCCGAGGCACCCCCGUUAUCAGAACAGGACGUUCAGAAGUACGGUGACAUGACCGUACAUCGAGCCUUCAGCAUGCUGAGCAGUGUAGAUGAGACCCAAAAGAGCAAGGUGGCAAAGGGCGGCUUUAACCGCCUCGCCGCUACCGACUACAACAGAGAUGCCUGGGUCACUAUACUCUCCCGACUAGCUACACGAGCAAGUGCUGGACUGGACGACCCACAAGAUGGCAUCAAAGACGAGUAUGCGGUCAAGAACUCCAAGGGCAGCCUGCGCAUCAGCGACAUGGUAAGAGACGGUCUGUACCAAUACAUACUAUACAACUGGAAAUCCCGCAUCGACGUGGCCAUCUCCUGGCUCAACGAAGAAUGGUACAAUGACAUGAUACUUGCCCAGACCGGUGAAGAAGACAAAGACUCCGCCACCACAACAAAUGGCCACAGACACAUAUCCACCAAGUCCUCACCAGGUAAUUACCACCGCUGCGCCCUCCGCCUCCUCGAUGGCAUCCUUCCCUACAUCGAGCAUACGGAUAAAAUCAUCAUUCGCUUCCUCUCGGAGAUUCCCCAAAUCGACAAAGAUGUCCUCAGCCGCCUUAAGAAAAUGGCAGAAGACCCCGAGCGCAUUGACCUAGCAUGCAGCUGUCUUCAUUACCUAUACAUGUUUCGGCCGCCGGUAAGAAAGUUGGUGGUUGAUGUGCUGGCGGAGAUGUGGACUGAGAAUGAGAGGGCAAAACCUAGUGCGAGGAAACUGCUGGUCAGGUGGCGUCCAGAUGUACUGCAACAAGAGGAGGGACAGCAGAGGGGGGUCAGUUUGCCUACGUUGGUAAAAGGGGAGAGCGGUGCGGGGGAGGGAAUGAUGAGCAAGGAGAGUGCUAAUGGGGCGUUGGAAGUGAAGCCUGUCUCUUAG